AUGGUAGCAACGCUGCCAGAUCGCCCCAUCUGGCGCGGCCUGGGGAGUUCCGCCCUUACUGAAGCCUCCCUCUGCGGAGAGUGUACCCAUGGUGCCGCCUGCGGGCCUACAAAGAGAACACCAAUCUGGGCUUCGAAAUCCCCGAAAUGUCCUUCGCAUGCGAACAGCAAGCCCGGCCUUGCUGCCACGGGGAACCUUGACGUGGAGCAUUCACAUGUUCGGUUUCUGGGCAACCUGGUAUUAAACCUUUGGGACUGUGGCGGCCAGGACACCUUCAUGGAGAACUACUUCACCAGUCAGCGCGACAACAUCUUUCGCAAUGUGGAGGUCCUUAUUUAUGUCUUUGAUGUGGAGAGCAGAGAGCUGGAGAAAGACAUGCACUACUAUCAGUCCUGCCUGGAGGCCAUUCUCCAGAAUUCUCCCGAUGCCAAGAUUUUCUGCCUUGUCCACAAAAUGGAUUUAGUCCAGGAGGACCAGCGUGAUCUGAUUUUCAAGGAACGGGAAGAGGAUUUAAAGCGGUUGUCCCGCCCUUUGGAAUGCUCUUGCUUCAGAACGUCCAUCUGGGAUGAGACCCUCUACAAGGCGUGGUCCAGCAUAGUCUACCAGCUUAUUCCUAAUGUUCAGCAGCUGGAAACGAACCUCAGGAAUUUUGCUCAGAUCAUUGAAGCUGAUGAAGUUCUUCUGUUUGAAAGAGCCACAUUUUUGGUCAUUUCGCACUACCAGUGCAAAGAGCAGCGGGACAUUCACCGCUUUGAGAAAAUCAGCAACAUCAUUAAGCAGUUCAAGCUGAGCUGCAGUAAGUUGGCUGCAUCUUUCCAGAGCAUGGAGGUCAGGAAUUCCAACUUUGCUGACUUCAUUGACAUCUUCACAUCCAACACCUACGUGAUGGUCGUCAUGUCAGACCCUUCCAUCCCUUCUGCAGCAACACUGAUAAACAUCCGAAAUGCCAGGAAACACUUUGAGAAGCUGGAAAGGGUGGAUGGCCCCAAGCAUAGCCUGCUGGUACGCUGACCUCCUCUCUGGCUACGGCCAGCGGAGACCCUCUUUUCCUCAGAGACUUCAACCAUGGUGGCUGUUUUGUGGGCUUUGAAACGCGUGCACUGCUUUCCACCGCUCUCCUCUUCUUUUCAUCUUGGAUGCUGGUCUCCCCGGGGGUGUUGGGCACACGGUGGACCUGGUGGACCUGCU